GCAAAAACCUAAUCGGAGUAUACGACAAUUAGGUGUGUUAAAUACUCGAAAAACGCACUCAUAAUUCUAAAAUGAGUGUCAUAUUAUGUGUAUAUUAUUACAAUGUCACAAAUAUGAUAAUCAUUGUAGGACGUGCACGUACACAUUUCACAAAAGGUACCUAACCUUUCACGUAUAAAAGCACAGUAGUUCAAGAAAAUUCCGAGAAUCGCACAUUUCUUCGACUUUCCCACACCUAUAUAUCUCUUAAUGCGAAAACAAAAGAAAAAAAAUAUAUUAUUCUUCAAAUGGAGGAAACUUUAACAAUAAAUUUGUUACAAGGCAAGAAGAUCAACGAAGAUGAAGAAGAUGGAGAUCUCAAGGCAAGGAUUCUGGUCGAAACAAAGAAGCUAUGGCAACUUCUGGGUCCGGCCAUCAUUUACCGUAUAUCCAAUUACUCCAUGAGCGUUGUCACCGAUUCCUUCGCCGGCCACCUUGGUGAAGUCGAGUUAGCUUCCAUGUCCAUCGCCGAAGCUGUCAUAGUCGCCUUCAACUUUGGACUUCUGUUGGGGAUGGCAACAGCACUCGAGACUUUAUGUGGACAAGCUUAUGGAGCCAAAAGGUACAACAUGUUAGGCAUAUAUCUCCAAAGAUCUUGGAUUGUGCUUGGCUUAGCCAGCAUUCUGUUGCUACCACUUUACAUCUACGCGACGCCGAUUUUGGUCCUCUUCGGACAAACCAAAGAAGUGGCGGAGCUAGCCGGAAAACUCUCCAUUUGGUUCAUCCCCAUUCAUUUGGCGUUUCCAUUCAGUUGCUCAUUGCAAAGGUUCUUAAUGAGCCAGUGCAAGAUCAAGAUUGUUGCCUUAAUUUCGACCACGACGCUAGGUUUUCAUGUUUUGAUUACUUGGCUGUUUGUUUAUAAGUUGGAACUUGGAGUUGUUGGUGCCGCUGUUGCUUUGGAUAUCUCUUGGUGGAUUUCUUGUUUUGCGAUGUUAAUCUACGCUUUAGGUGGUUGGUGUCCUUUAACAUGGGAUGGAUUUUCCAUGGAAGCAUUUUCUGAACUUAAGGAAUUCCUCCAACUUUCAUCUGCCGCUGGUGUCAUGCUUUGCUUGGAGUUUUGGUACUACAGAGUUUUGAUCUUAAUGACCGGCAACCUCAAGAAUGCCACCAUAGCCGUCGGGGCCCUCUCAGUUUGCUUGAGUAUCAAUGGUUGGGAACUGAUGAUUCCAUUUGCCUUCUUAGCUGCAACGGGAGUGAGAGUAUCGAAUGAGCUAGGUGCUGGAAAUGCAAAAGCAGCAAAAUUUGCAGCAAAAGUAUCUCUCGCGCAAUCAGUAUUGAUAGGAAUUCUUUUCUGCAUCCUUGUAAUGAUAUUCCACAACAAACUGGCCCUCAUAUUUUCAUCUAGCAUUGAAAUUAUAAAGGCGGUCGAUCAAAUCUCUUACCUCUUGGCUUUCACGAUUUUGCUAAAUAGCGUUAAACCAGUUUUAUCCGGAGUGGCCAUUGGAUCAGGAUGGCAGUCAUUGGUGGCCUACGUUAAUUUAGGAAGUUACUACGUAAUUGGUAUCCCUUUAGGAAUUUUUAUGGGUUGGGUACUUAACUUUGGUGUUGAGGUAAAUAAUUCUUGCCUUAUUGGUUUGUUUAUUCUUUUUUUUUUUUUCCCUUUUGUUCGUUGAUUUUUUUUAUGAGAUAUUUGAUGUUACAGGGUAUAUGGUGCGCCAUGAUAUUUGGUGGCACUGCUGUUCAAACCGGAAUUCUGGCAACCAUAACUAUAAGGCGGGACUGGAAAAAACAGGCUGGGCAAGCAUUAUCCCGCUAUGAACAGUGAAUUAAAAAGCAGUCAAUUACGAUAGAUACGGUACAAAAUAUAUGAAGAAAAGAAAAUACAGUCAAUCACAUGUUCUAUAGCAGACGACUUCUUUUUUUAUAUAUAUAUAUUGAAAAAAAUUUUGUUAAGUUCUUUAUAUUUCUGAGAAUAUGUACUAUUUAAACCUCUAUCAUUCUUUGUUUUAGUGGAAGAGACUGAAAUAAAAGUACUCGAGAUUUUAUUUAUUCGAUAAAUU